CAGUUUAUACUAUUCUAUACUAAUUGUGUGAUUGAAACCAAAAGACUGACAUUUUUUUCCAUUGUUGUGACCAAAGAGUGAAUCAAAUACCACAACAACAACAAUAUAUUUUGUUAUAAAAAUGAGGCAUAAAUUAAAAAGACGAUCACUUUUAAGACAUAUCUUAUAUCAGACACAUCUAAUGUCUGAUAAUUAUAAACUAUUGGAAAUACAUAAUAGACACCGAUUGAAAACAAUGAAUGCGUGGGAAUCAAUAUCUUCUAAACUAAGACUAUUAGUGGAUCAGAUCAAUGAGAUAAUAGCACUUCAAGCAAACGAAGUGUUGGCCGACCUUCGGAAUCAUUUGAUGCCAUUUAUUGUCGACUAUGUCUUACCGGAUAACCCAAUGCCAGCGUACAAUAUAAUGACAUCAAAAAUGUUGGUCAAGACAUAUGUCGAUGCAUUGGUGUUUGAGUGCGAGCUCUCUAAUGCUCAAGAUAUACAUCUAGAGUAUCACCCAUUAGUCCAACAAAUCCUUCAAUUACUCUAUACUUUUAAGUCAAAUAUAAGAGACACCGAUAGUAUCAUUCUUUGGCCUCCUGUUGUUGGACAGGAAGAUAGUCCGCCGCAUCUGAUUCCAGAUGUCGGCGAUGGUCAACAUUAGUUUGACGACCGAAGAUUGUUUGUCUUUAUAUUUGUCUGUCUUUGUCAUUGUUUGUCUCUCUGUUUUUUGUAUGUAUUUUAAAAAGAUUUUUAGAUAAAAUUUGCGGCCAAACCGUUUCCAUGGCCGCCGAUGUUCGGCCAAUAUUCUGGUCGGUUCGACCAAAAAGCUAUGUCUAUCGGACGCAAUCGUGGGAUUAAUUCCCGAAUGGCCGAUGGGGUCGGUCAGACUCGUUUGCUUUCACGGAUCUUAAAGAUUACUAUUUGUUUUUGGACGCAAAGAAACCGAAUGAUGAACUCCGGGAUAUGUGGGGCCGGGAGUUGACCCGUGAAACAGAUGUCUGUCAUGUAUUCUAGUGUUAUGUUUCGGGUAAUCGUAAUACCGGUAAAUACGGGUAAACGUGUUUCGAUGAUACCGUGGAUUACUGAGUGAAGAACUGCGACCCGAAACCGGACUGAUUGUCACCGAAUUGUCGAAACUGAAUAAACGCGGCGUUUUGACCAUCAAUUGAUAGCCAAAUAUCAACGGAGUUGGAGUCAACUGAUCGCCUACACGGUUGGGACACAUAUUACGUGUAUUGGACUCAACCGACAGGAUCUACGCCAGCACUUGGAUCGGGCCAAGUGUUUGGGCAUUCGUAACAUACUAGCCCUCAGUGCCGACCGAAUCAAUGCCGACAACAACACCAACAAAAAGAUUGACAUCAUUGGCAACGAUAGCAAACGUGUCGCCGACGACUCUAGUAUUAGUAGUGUUGGCCAAGAGUUUAAGUUUGCCGCCGAUUCGGUACGCUUUACGUCAAGAGUAUGGCCAGUAUUUUUACGAUAGUCGUUGCCGCCGACUAUCUGGGCUGUCAUCCGGAGUCCUAGUCAGCCGAUUUGGACAUUAAGUAUUUGAAAGAUAAAGUAGAUGCCGGCGCCGACUAUUAUUAUUACGCAAUUAUUUUUCAAAGCUGAAGUAUUUACCGAUUUUGUGGCCAAAUGUUGCCGCGAAAGUAUCGAUGUACCGAUUUUGGCCGGAAUUAUGCCCAUUCAGAGCUAUGAUUCAUUGGAAAAAAUUGUUAAACUAUCGAAACUAGAUAUACCUCCGAAUAUCUUAACAGAUCUGAACCGUUUGCGUAACAAUGACGAAGCCGUGUCCGUAACUAUGGUAUCGAUUGGACAGUUAGUUUGUGUCGGCUAUUGAUUUCCCCACGAAUUCUACACCUGGUCUUCAUUUUUAUACAUUAAAUCGUGAAUUGGCGACAACAGCUAUACUAAAACAAUUGGGUUUAUGGUUGAAAUGUAUGGCCAAACCGUUGCCAUGGCUACCGCCUCCUAGUCAUCGCCGUCGUCGGGAAGAUGUUCGGCCAAUAUUCUGGUCGGUUCGACCAAAAAGCUAUGUCUAUCGGACGCAAUCGUGGGAUUAAUUCCCGAAUGGCCGAUGGGGUCGGUCAGACUCGUUUGCUUUCACGGAUCUUAAAGAUUACUAUUUGUUUUUGGACGCAAAGAAACCGAAUGAUGAACUCCGGGAUAUGUGGGGCCGGGAGUUGACCCGUGAAACAGAUGUCUGUCAUGUAUUCUAGUGUUAUGUUUCGGGUAAUCGUAAUACCGGUAAAUACGGGUAAACGUGUUUCGAUGAUACCGUGGAAUACUGAGUGAAAAACUACACGACACCCGAAACCGGUCUGAUUGUCGCCGAAUUGUAGCCGAACUGAACAAACGCAGAGUUUUGACUAUCAAUUCACAGCCGAUUCACAACGGAGUUUGAGUCAACUGAUCCCAUAUACACGGUUUGGGCGAUACUAAUGAUUAUGUCUAUCAAAAAAAGUAAGCGAUAUAUAUAUCCCGCGGACAGCUUUACCUCAAACCCGUACCUCAAGUAGUUUGUUGGGGCCAACAGUUGACCCAAAAAAAAAAAAAAAGUUUUCAUUUGCUGCCAAUUUCCGGUUAUCCAAAGGGUAU